AUGUCUCGACCUUUCUCCAAGACUGGCGUAGAUUACUGUGGACCGUUCUACGUUCGACCCGUACCAAGGCGUCCAACGAUAAAAAUGUAUGUAGCUGUGUUUAUUUGUAUGUGUACCAAGGCGGUACACCUGGAACUGGUUUCGGAUUUGACCACCGACAGGUUCAUUCAAGCCCUGCGACGUUUUUCGGCGAGAAGAGGAAAAUGCAGCGAUUUGUAUAGCGACAAUGGUACAAAUUUUGUUGGAGCACGGAAGAAACUGCGUCAACUGUACGAGUUAAUUAGAAGUAAAGAGCAUAAAGAGCGUUUCGCAAGAUAUUGUACAGAAGAAGGGACCAAGUGGCAUUUCAAUCCACCGAGUGCUCCCCACUUCGGAGGCCUGUGGGAGGCUGCGGUACGGUCCGCGAAAACUCAUUUAUUGAAGGUAGCAGGCGAGACUUCAUUAUCCCCAGAGGACUUCAAUACACUCUUAAUCCAAGUGGAGGGUUGCCUAAACUCACGGCCGUUGACUCCUAUGUCGGAUGAUCCGAACGAUCUGGAGCCGUUAACGCCAUCCCACUUUCUUAUUGGCUCAAGUCUCCAGAGUUUGCCUGAUCCAGAGCUGGAGAGUGUUCCGAUGAACCGUCUCGAUCGUUUUCAAUUGCUGCAGAAACUUCUACAAGACUUUUGGCAGAGAUGGAGGCGUGAAUACUUGUGCCAACUACAAGGUAGAACUAAGCGAUGGAAGCCACGGAUAGGAAUUGAGAUUGGCAAAUUAGUCAUCAUCCGGGAAGAUAACCAGCACCCGAUGGCUUGGAAAAUGGGUCGUAUUAUUGCUGUUCAUCCAGGAGCCGAUGGUGUAGUGAGGGUGGUCACUUUGAAAACUGAAUCCGGAAUACUGAAGCGGCCUGUAGAGAAACUUUGUUUGCUCCCAAUUUCGGAUUCGUCGUGA